AUGGCUUCGGCCAUAGCUAAAGAUGGCGACAGUCCAAAAGCAAAGCCCAGUGCCUUGCGGUCCAUAAUCGCCGGCUCUACAGCUGGAGCCGUGGAAAUUGCAAUAACCUUCCCCUUCGAUUUUCUCAAAACAAGAAAUCAGCUCAAUUUACGGCUUCCCGAAUCCAAAAAAGUCCCUCUCCCUCCGUUUCCUUCCAAAGCAUGGUAUACAGGAUGUACCACGGCUGUCAUAGGAAACUCGGCCAAAGCGGGUGUACGCUUCUUGGCUUUUGACUCAUACAAACAUCUCCUAUCAGAUGCCGAUGGACAAAUCUCCGGCCCCAAAACAGUGCUUGCUGGGUUUGGUGCUGGAAUCACAGAAUCUUUACUCGCCGUUACACCCUCAGAGUCCAUCAAGACACAGCUAAUAGAUGACCGAAAGAGGGCGCAACCAAGAAUGCGAGGUUUCAUCCACGGCUCAACCUUGAUCGCAAAAGAAAAAGGUAUCAAGGGGUUUUUUCAAGGAUUCGUUCCAACCACUGCAAGACAGGCCGCCAACAGCGCAGUUCGCUUUGGCACAUACACGACUUUGAAGCAAUUUGCGGAAGGUUAUGUCGCUCCUGGAGAAAAGUUGGGUUCCGUCACGACGUUUGGUCUUGGAGCAGCCGCCGGUGUGGUCACUGUUUAUACAACGAUGCCUUUGGACACGGUCAAGACUCGAAUGCAGAGUCUGGAAGCCAGCAAGAACUACAAGAACAGUUUCGACUGUGUUGCCAGCAUUUUCAAGAAUGAGGGACUACUCACAUUCUGGUCAGGUGCUUUACCAAGACUAGGUCGGCUGACAUUAAGUGGCGGCAUCGUCUUUACCAUGUGA